AUGAUAAUAAAUGGUUUCAAUAAACCUGAUAAAAAGUACUUAGAACAUUAUGCCGGAACUUCUGAGGUACGUCUUGUUGGUGGUACAAGUAAUGAAGGUCGACUGGAAAUCAUGUACAGAGGAAUUUUCCGCACUGUUUGUUCUUAUUACUUUUAUACAUCACAAGCCAAAGUAAUGUGUCAACUUUUAGGACUGGAUGACACGAAUCCAACCUUCACAAGCGGAACCAAGUAUGGAGCAUUCAGCGGUAGUGGAUACAUGGUAGCUAUGACUAGUUGUCCCAGUAAUGCCGUGUCACCCUCACAAUGUUCGUUACGAUACGGUUCUUACUCCCAGUGCAAUGGUGCUCGAUAUGGUUACUCCAACUAUGAAGCUAUUUUGAAGUGUGGUCAAGCACCUGCUUCAAAUACCAGACUGGUAAAUGGCAGCACCCCUUACAACGGAGCUGUUGAAGUAUUCCAAAAUAAUCAUUGGGGACCAAUUUGUGACAGUAAUCCUGACAUCAAAUUGGCAAAAGUAAUCUGCCGAUCAUUAGGAAAUACUGAAGAAUAUGCAGAAAUCUACAAGUUGCAACAGAAUCGUAUCAGACAAUAUGUAAUGUACAGUGCUCGCUGCAGUGGGUCUGAAAAGGAUGUUUGGAGUUGUCGACAUAGCUGGAAUAUCCGCACAUGUUCAGAUCCAUCAAUAAUAGGAGUUUCAUGUGAAACCCGUAUUCGUUUAAUUGGUGGUACUAGUUUUGCAAACGGCCAGUUAGAGGUUCGCUACAAUGGACAGUGGGGUACAAUGUGUUAUGAUACGUUUGACAAAUCUGAGGCAAACGUAGUAUGCAGAAUGCUUGGAUUUGAAGAAAAAAAUGCAGGCGUGGUGAAGUAUGGAUAUAGUUCAACACCUAUCAUAAAGGAUGACCUCCACUGUAGCGGAACCGAGUCUGAUAUAUCAAUGUGUAGCUACCAGGGAUGGAAUCCUAGUACUUGUACGAAUAAUCACACUGUUGGUGUGAAAUGCAAUAUACCAGUGCGUUUAUAUGGAGGCAGGAAACCAAGCGUAGGAGCAGUUGAGUUAUUAAUUAGUGGAGUUUGGAAACGUGUUUGUGAUCAUAGUUUUACCAAGAACGCUGCAGUCGUGAUCUGUCAUUCACUUGGAUAUCAAAAUGCCGCACCAGAAAUAAUUACCAUGAGUUCAAUAGAUGUAGGACAGGAUCAUACUGCCGUAGAUGAUAUUCAGUGUUCCGGUUCUGAACAGUAUAUAGCAGACUGUAGUAUAAGUAAUUCACAGAACACAACAUGUUCACCAAAUAACACAGUGGCUAUAUCAUGCACAACAAAUGUAAAACUUGUGGGAGGAAGAUAUCCAAAUGAGGGAAGAAUAGAAAUACAACACAAUGGUACAUGGGGAUCUGUGUGUAAUCAUACAUUUACUGUACAGGAUGCUAGAGUUGUGUGUUCUAUGUUAGGAUAUAAUAACCCAUAUCCAGAAGUAUGUUCGUCAUGUUUUGGUGUGGCUAAUGAUAAUUCAACUCGAUACAAUGUGAACUGCUCAAACGAUGAGUCUGAUAUUUCUCAAUGUAUAGAUAAAUGGGAAGAUGUUCCUUGUCUGGGUGAUGCAGGAGUAAGAUGCAGGACCCAAAUUCGUCUCCAGAAUGGGGCUAAUCCAUCGGAAGGACGAGUAGAGGUAUACCAUAACAAUCAAUGGGGAACAAUUUGCAGUGAUAACUUUGGUAAAGAAGACGCAAGUGUUAUUUGUAAGAUGCUUGGUUUCGACCCAUUGUAA